UCUCAAUAUUGAAAUGGAUAUGCAGGUUUGUUGAGAGUUUUACAGUGUUUAUUCGUUUUCAAUUCUUAUUUUAUGCUUUUAAUAUUUGACAAAUAUUGUUUGUGCUUGUCUAUACGGAAAUUAGUUAAUAUCAAACAAUGGAUGCUCCAACUAAAUGUAUAAGUCAUGGUUAUAUGCUGGUGAGUUACGAGAAACGUUCAGUUACGCAUUACAAAGUUAUCAACUGCAUAAAUGUCUGUGGACACCACACUUGGACUCGGUUGCCGCAAGACGAUAAUAUUAACGUUAAAUUCGACAAUGAAAUCGUUGCGUGCAAAGUAAUUAUGACAUCGAAUGAUGAAGAUGAAUUGAAGACUAUACUGUACGAUCCGGACAAACCCUAUCACGCAUCGAUCGAAUUGCCUACGUGCGUCUACCCUUUGCUGGUGUUCGACCAGCUUGGCAAUAAUGUUUACAUUUUGGGAACGAACGGAACGGUAAUUUCCGAAUUCUGCAUGAAUAAGAUCAAUUGGAACGAUUAUCACGCGGCGACUUCUCAUCUGCUCACUGCGGUUUUCGGUCAGGAUACGCUGGCCACCCACACGUUGACUGGACGGCAACAGCCGAAGCCUCGGUUGGAUCCGAUGAAAGUCCAAGAUAUCACAUCGAUUGUGACUGAUAAAUGCGGCGUGAUCGUGGACGAUGUUCGCGAAGAAAUUAAGAGACGAUGCCAUCUCGAAUACAUGAAAUACAAGUAUUAGAUCGGAAAUGUUUACAGUUUCAUAAUCCUUUGUGCUCGUCACCAUUGAAAAUUUUGUAAUUAUUUUAAUUAAUAAAUACUUUUUUAAGCCGUA